AGUACCUCUCCCGCACCUCUCCUCCUUCCCGUCGGCACCGCCGCCAUCUUUGCUAGGUCUUCCUCCAGAUCCAACUCACAGCUUCCAUGCCCAUAGGUACCGCCGCAACCACCAUGCCCACCGUUGCCUCCUGGAUCCUCCUCCAUGUCCAUGCCACCGUCCGCCAACCUCCCAAAAACGCCUCCGCCGUCGCCCACUCGAGCAAUAACGAGAAAAUAUAUGCUUCCCUUCUCCGCCAGCGCCCGCCGGUUCCCUCCAAUCUGUACGUGUACUGCGCAGACGGCACAUUCGGAGAGACCCCCCGCGUGCUGUCAAUGGUGGACGACAUCAUCCUCUUCCACGCAUACAUCGGUCCUGCGUUCCCCUCCCCCAAGCCAUGGAAGGGGGACUUCUUCAUAUACCGGUCUGACUCCAAUCGACGGUCUCUGGAGCGUCUACCGCACCCCCAAGGUAUGAUCGGAAGGGACGAUCCAUUCGGCAUCUUUCCCCGAGAGGGCGACAGCUACACAAUCGCGGCGCUGUUACCCAGCAUAUCCUCUAUGUACGAUUUUGAACUCCACCUCUUCGACUCGGAGACUCGGAUUUGGAGCAGGAAGAAUCUGACUGUUGGGUCGCGACAGGAAAGGUUCAAGGUUGAUAUCCCCAUCAACAUAAGUCAGAUCUUACACCAUAACACAUCCACUGUGAUCACUCUUGGAGGCUCCAUGUGCUGGGUUGAUCUUUGGCGUGGUAUAUUGUUCUGUGACAUGCUCUCCGAGAAACAUGCACUCACAGGUGUUCCACUGCCACUGCCAUUGAUCUACUAUUCUGGUGAUAGAAGCAAGAUCCUAGGACCUGCGAAGUGUCACCGUAGCAUUGCUUUUCUUGAUGGAUGCACCAGGCUCGUUGAGGUGAAUUCUGAUGUCAGUAUUGCCGAAGGAACUGAAUUUGGUUGUGGCCGAACUGAAGACUGGACGAUUACCACAUGGUACAACAAUAAUGUGCAUAAUAAUUCUUAUGAUGAUUGGCAUCCGGACAUCACACUAAAAGCUUCCAACAUCAUCCUGGGCAACCACUCCGUGAAGCUGCCGUUAGGCUUGCAGUACCUUUUUGUUUCUGACCCAACUAUUUGCAUGAACAAUAGGGAUGGCUAUAUUGUUUACCUGACUGCGAGGGAGAAGUAUAUGCAUUCUAAGUCAUGGAUUAUUGCUAUUGAUUUGAAAAAGCGCAAGGUGCAAAGUGUGGUUCUGUCUGGUCCUGUACCUCCGCCAAUGCCGCGCAUUGACACUAACUACUGCACUUGUAGUAUCUCCAAGUACUGUACCAGCACUUCAACAGGAAUUAUGCAGGAAAUUAUGCAGGUUCAUUUUCCUCCGGAAAAACAAACUGUGAUGCGUUCGGUUCAAAGGAUGACUGGUCGCUCGUUACAUAGGAAAGUGAACCUGGCCUGUACAUUUCACGGGAAUUAGAAAAUCCAGUGGAACCCAAUGUUUGGGUGGAAGCGCGAUGCAGGUGUCAGCUAGCCGAAUAAAAAAAUCCUUACAUGCAUGCGAAUCAAGCGAGACGCACCGUAGGUCGCAUGUCCGGGUGAAUAAAAAAAUAUAUUAUUCCUGUUGCAGGAAGGCUGCAUGCACUAGCGUUAAUCCUUCUUUCCUUUGCUUCUACUGCUUCGCGCCGAACGCCGGAAAAUUCUGCAUCCGCUGCUUCACAUUCCAAAGUUUCCACUAGUCAAGCAAAUCAUGUUCCUGCAAAGUUAUCUAUUCCAUUGUUUUCAAUCCCUGCAGUCCGAACGG